AUGGCGAACCCGUACCUAUGGAUCACCGUCGUUGGUGGCAUUAUGGCGUUCCUCGUCGGGUGCGGCGUUGGUAUGAACGACCUUGCCAACGCCUUUGGCACAACGUAUGGCGCCCGAAUCUUGACGCUGAGGCAGAUUGUCGUUCUCGCCGCUUUCUGCGAGUUCGCCGGUGCUGUUUCUCUUGGUGCUGAAGUGACGUCCACGAUAUCCAGCGGCAUUGCGGACCCUCAGGAAUUCGCUGCCGAGCCGUACGUUCUGAUGUACGGUAUGCUUUGUGCGCUGUGCGCUGCCUUUUCGUGGCUGUUGCUGGCGACUUGUCUGAGUCUCCCUGUUUCGUCGACGCACAGCAUCGCUGGCGGUAUCAUGGGCUUUGCGCUUGUUUACGGUGGUGGCAACGCCGUUUCUUGGGCCAAGAAGAAGGACGACUUCCCGUUUGUAGAGGGUGUUGUGCCAAUCGUUGCGUCGUGGUUUAUUUCGCCGGUGUUGACGGGGGCCGCCGCCGCCGCCAUGUAUGGUCUCGUCCGCUUCUUUGUGCUGAAACCACAGAACUCGGUGAAACGGGCCCUGUACGUGAUCCCCUUCAUUGUGUCUGUUACCUUCUUCCUGGAGGCGUUCUUCGUGCUUUUUAAGGGCGCUGAGAGUCGUCUCCACUGGGGAGUGGGUAAGGCCGCGUGGGUGGGUGCUGUCAUCGGUAUCGGCGCGGGCAUCGUCUCAAUUGGGUUCAUCCCCUUGCUGAAGCGCCGUGUGAAGCAGAUGACGGAGAAGGCGGAGCGGCUGGAAGAGGAGGAGCGGCGCCGUAUGGAGGUGGAGGCGGAGGAGCGACGUGCCGAUGGCGACGAGAGCCUGCCGUCCACUGUGCCCGUUGGUGGCGACGUUUCUGCGGGUCACGCCGACACACACGACGAGGUGACCGCGUCGACUUCUUUGGAUGCCGAUGCGAAACCCGGGGAACAACCUAAUGAGCCGUUCACGGGCGCAAUCGUGGCGGAUGGAGAGAGCAGCUCUUUCGUUUCCCUGGGAAAAUCGGAGGAGGAACUGCGUAAGUUCGACGUGGAGAUCUACGACAACCGCGCAGAGCUGGUGUUCCGGUACCUGCAGGUGUUCACGGCUGUCUGCGCAUCCUUUGCUCACGGUGCAGGCGAUGUGAGCAAAGCAGUCGGACCGUUCGCCGCCAUUUACUCCAUCUACCAGAGCCAGCAGGUUAUGACGAAUAGCGAGACGCCAAUCUGGAUUCUGUGUCUCGGUGGUGCUGGCAUUGUGGUUGGCCUGGCAGCGUUUGGCGUCCGCCUUAUGCGACUCCUCGGCGAGCGCAUCACGAAGAUCACGCCGAGCCGCGGUUUCGCUGCAGAGCUCUCCGCUGCGCUGGUUGUGUCGUUUGCCUCUGGCUACGGCGUGCCAGUCUCCUCGACUCACUGCAUCACCGGUGCCGUUAUAGCGAUCAGCAUGGUGGAUGUUGGCUUCUGCAAUGUGCGCUGGUUGAUUGUGGGAAAGCUUUGUGCCGGCUGGGUAUUUACUCUUGCGGUUACCGGGAUUCUCUCUGCAGUGCUCUUCGCCCAGGGUGUCUACGCGCCGGCCCGUGGAGUGUGA